AUGCUCCUCCAAAACGAGAGAACACCAGUAAAGUACGCGCCGCAAGAGGCCGCACAGGGCGCCGCCCUCGCCCCGGCCUCGCUGAAGCUGCAGUCCUCCGACGCCGAGAUCGAGCCCUUCACCUUCACAUUCGAGGUCGUCCGCCCGAACGUCUUCCGCACCACCUACUCCUCCGCCUCGCGCCCGAUCCCCCCCUUCGCCAGCGCCCAGCGCCCAAGCCCAGACUCCUGCCCCAAGGACGUCGCCUCAACAUCGGACAAGACCUCCCGCUCCUUCACCACCUCCGCCGCAAAGGCCUCCAUCGAGUGGUCCAACGCGCCCAUCCUGUCCAUCGACCUCAAGGAUGCCACCACCAAGAAACCCCUCCACCAGGACCUCCCCUUCCGCUCCUACUCCGCCGAUGGCGCCGGCGUCGCCCACUACUCCGUCUACAAGAAGGGCACCCUCCACGUCGGCCUCGGCGAGAAGGCCGCCCCCAUGGACCUCUCCGGCCGCGGCUUCACCAUCUCCGCCUCCGACACCUUCGGCUACGACGCCUACCGCACCGACCCGCUCUACAAGCACAUUCCCCUCCUCAUCAACGUCACCCAGGACGCCGGCGCCGUCGGCAUCUUCUCCACCGCCCACUCCCGCUCCACAUGGUCCAUCGGCUCCGAGCUCGACGGCAUGUGGGGCGCCUACAAGGUCCACCGCCAGGCCCACGGCGGCCUCGAGGAGUACAUCAUCGUCGGCCAGACCGUCGCCGACGUCGUCCGCUCCUACGCCGAGCUCGUCGGCUUCCCCCUGCGCGUGCCCCGCUACAUGAUGGGCUACAUCGGCGGCGGCAUGAAGUACAGCAUGGAGGACACCCCCCGCGCCCACGACUGCAUCAUGGGCUUCAUCGCAAACUGCGAGAAGCACGACAUCCCCUGCACCGCCUUCCAGAUGAGCUCCGGCUACACCGUCGCCGAGGUCGAGCCCAAGACCCGCAACGUCUUCACCUGGAACCGCCACCGCUUCCCCGACCCGCGCGCCUUCACCAAGGAGGCCCACGCCCACGGCGUCCGCCUGCUCGCCAACAUCAAGCCCUACGUCCUCGCCACCCACCCCGAGUACAAGAAGCUCUCCGAGGCCGGCGCCUUCUUCAAGGACCCCAAGACCGGCAGGACCGCCGUCACCCGCCUCUGGAGCGCCGGCGGCGGCGAGAGCGGCGAGGGCAGCCACAUCGACUUCACCAGCAACGCCGGCUACCAGUGGUGGUACGACGGCGUCGUCGGCCUCAAGAAGGUCGGCAUCGACGUCAUGUGGAACGACAACAACGAGUACACCGUCCCCGACGACCAGUGGCAGUGCGCCCUCGAGAAGACCGACCUCGUCCCCAUCCCCGCCGGCCUCGACCGCAAGGACGUCGGCAUCUGGGGCCGCGCCAUCCACACCGAGCUCAUGGGCAAGGCCUCCCACGACGCCACCAUCGAGGGCAAGCCCGACGAGCGGCCCCUCGUCCUCACCCGCAGCGCCACCGCCGGUACCAUGAAGUACUGCGGCAGCUCCUGGUCCGGCGACAACGUCACCGCCUGGGCGUCGAUGAAGGGCGGCAACUCCCUCGCCCUCAACGCCUCCUUCUCCCUCCUGCACUGCUACGGCCACGACAUCGGCGGCUUCGAGGGCCCGCAGCCUACGCCGGAACACCUCGUCCGCUGGAUCCAGCUCGGCGUGCACUCGCCCCGCUUCGCCAUCAACUGCUUCAAGACCUCGGACGAAGACAACCUCGUCGGCGGCGUCAUCGAGCCGUGGAUGUACCCCGCCGCCACCCCGACCAUCCGCGCCGCCGUCAAGCGCCGCUACGAGCUCGUGCCCUACACCUACUCCCUCAACCUGCGCGCGCACGCCACCGCGGUGCCGCCGCAGCGCUGGACCGGCUGGGGCUACGAGGCCGACCCGGAGGUGUGGACGCCCGCCGUCAAGGCCGGCGACACGCAGUACUGGUUCGGCGACACGCUCCUCAUCGGCGGCGUGUACGAGCCCGGCGCUGACUCCGCGAGGGUGUACCUCCCCAAGAAGGGCGUCGCCGCCCAGGAUUUCGGGUUCCUCAACACGAACGCGCCGUACGAGCACUUCGCCGCGGGCGAGUGGCACACCGUGCUCGCGCCGUGGUACGCCUCCAUCCCCGUCCUCGCGCGCAUCGGCGGCGCCGUGCCGGUGGGCAAACCCCUCCCGACAACGGCGGCGGCGGCCGAGGACCCGGAGUUCCCCGGCACGGCGAAGGACGACUGGCGCGGCGUGGAGAUCUUCCCGCCGCCCGUGCAGCGCGGCGACGGCACGGCGGAGAGCGUGUCCGACGAGAACGUCAAGGGCGUCGUGUUUGAGGAUGCGUGGUUUGAGGAUGAUGGUAUCAGCCGCGAGCAGCCUGCUGAAUACAAGUUCACCGUCACGUACGAGAUUGUCGGCGACGAGAUUAAGGUUGCGGUGCGGGGCGAGGUUUUCGCGGGCGACGGGGCGAAGUGGAAGCCGCUGUGGGCUGAGAAGGGCGUCGACGUGGUGUUGCCCGUGGGCGAGGAGAGGGGUGUAAGUGGUGCGACGGAGAAGGCGCUGGAUGCGAGGGGGAGGCGGGUGUGGAAUGUGGCGGUCAAGUGGGCUUAG